CCUCUUCGCAAUCGCAUGGUGGUGAUGGUGGUCGCGUAUUCGCGUCAUUUUCUCAUAUUUACUGAUUUCAUCAGAGCUGAAAUGUCUGAAUCUGAUCUGUUAGCUGGUGACCACAUUGAUGGUCUAGAUGGUCUUGAAAAUGGCCAAGAUGGAGAUACUAUUAUGCAGUGUGAUGGCGUGAAACGUGAUUUAGGCGAAGCAAACGUUGACGAUCCUGAAUUAGAAGCGAUUAAAGCACGAGUGAGAGAAAUGGAAGAAGAAGCUGAAAAAUUAAAGCAACUUCAAUCUGAAGUAGAUAAACAGAUGAACAUGGGUAGUCCACCUGGUAUUACAAGUCCAUUAAAUAUGUCAUUAGAAGAUAAAAUGGAAGUUGAUAAUCGGUCCAUUUAUGUCGGAAAUGUUGAUUAUGGCGCUACAGCAGAAGAAUUGGAACAACAUUUUCAUGGCUGUGGAAGUGUCAAUAGAGUUACGAUCUUGUGUAAUAAAUUUGAUGGUCACCCUAAGGGAUUUGCUUAUAUUGAAUUUGCCGAACGUGAUUCUGUACAAACUGCAAUGGCCAUGGAUGAGUCUAUGUUCAGAGGACGUCAAAUUAAAGUAAUGCCUAAAAGAACGAAUAAACCUGGUUUCUCUAUGACAAAUAGGGGUCCCAGAGGUGCAAGAGGCUAUCGAGGUAUGGCUAGAGGAAUUAUUCGUGGUAGUGCAUACUUUGGAUACAGGCCUACAAGGCGUCCUAGGAGUUACAGACGUGGUUACUAUAUGCCAUAUUGACCAUUUUAAAGUGUGGCAACAUUAUUUUACAAGUGUCAAGAAAAAAAAACUGAUACGAAGG